UUGACAUUUUACACAAAUUUUUCCCGAAUUUUGUAUUUUGGUUACGACUAAAUCAUUUUUUUUUUGUUAAAAUGGACAUCGAUUAUGAAGACCUAUAUAAAUGGAUUGACAGUCACGUUAUUAGUCGUCCCAAAAGAAAUCUAAAUAGAGAUUUUUCGGAUGCUGUACCAUUAGCAGAGAUACUGAAACAGCACUACCCAAAGUUAGUUGAUCUUCAUAAUUACAGUCCCGGAAAUGCCUUCUCUAACAAAAUGAUAAACUGGGAUACUCUAAACCGAAGAGUUCUGAAUAAAUUACGCAUAAACCUCACCAAGAAAAACAAAGAAGAUCUAGUGAAUGGAAAACCGGGCGCCAUAGGACAGUUAUUGGCGAUGAUAAAAUCAAAAGUAGAAAGUAAAGAAGCAUGUGGUGAUAAAGAAGCGGACGAUAAAGUAUAUUAUAUAGAAGAUACGACGAAUUUUUCGAAGGAAGAUGUAGUUCCUAUUAAAAUUAAUAACGGUACUGAAAUGAUAGACAGAAAAUUAGUACCAGUAGAAACAUUUGAGAAAAUGGAAAAAGAAAUUGCGGAAAAACAGGAAACCAUUACUCUCUUAACCAAUAAGGUAGACCAUUUGGAAAAGUUAUUAGCUAUUAAGGAUGAGAGAAUUAAGGAUUUAACGCAACAAAUACAGUCUAUUAUUAAUACUACUGGAGAAUCCACCUCAAAUUUAAUGUCACCAAAAUCACGAUUUUUUAAUAAUAUAUUCUAGAAUAUUUUGUUUACAUUAAAUUUCAGUUUUUGCCGAUUAUAGUAUGAUAUUAUUAUUUAAAA